CCUUCCCCGCAUCGCCCAUGGCGGGCGAAACCCUCGACCCCUCCACCUCCACCGCCUCGCCGCCGAAACCCUAGACCCGACCACCGACGUCCCAACCUGUGCCCCUCCCCCCCACAAGUCGCCGCCGCGAUGGGGCCGCGCCGAGAAGUCCGCUUCGUGUCCUCAGGUGUGAAGCUCCCCCGCGCCGACCCGGCGCCGGCUCCGACUCUCCUUUCCACGGCGCUCCCCUUCGCGCACAUCGGCCGGGCCAUCGAUGCCGCGGCCCGCCACGUGGCCAGGUUGAUGCCCCGGUUACCCGUGGCGCGGGCCGAGGCGGGGGCGCCGCCCAUUCCGCUGCCGCGGCGGCAGAAGGACGGGGGAGGUGGAGGCGGUGAGGAGCGGGUGCUGAUCAGCGAGGUCGCGGUGCGGGGGAAGGACGGGGAGCCCCUGGAGCGGCCCGAGCUGGAGGCGGCCGCGGCCGCGGCGCUGCGCGCGUGCCGCCCCAACGCGGCGCUCACGGUGCGGGAGGUGCAGGAGGACGUGCACCGCGUCGUCGAGAGCGGGCUCUUCCGCUCCUGCAUGCCCGUCGCCGUCGACACCCGUGACGGCAUUCGUCUUGUGUUCGAGGUGGAGCCGAACCAGGACUUCCAUGGGUUGGUCUGCGAGGGUGCCAACAUGUUACCAUCUAAGUUCCUGAAGGAUGCAUUUCAUGACCGCCAUGGCAAAAUAAUUAAUAUAAGACAUUUGGAUCAAGUUAUCAAGUCUGUUAAUGGAUGGUACCAAGAACGUGGUCUAACUGGCUUGGUUUCAUAUGCUGAGAUUCUUUCUGGAGGGAUUCUGAGGUUACAAGUUUCUGAAGCUGAGGUUAAUAAUAUCAACAUUCGAUUUCUGGAUAGAAGAACUGGGGAACCUACUGUUGGGAAGACACAACCAGAGACAAUACUCCGUCAGCUUACCACCAAGAAGGGUCAGGCUUACAAUAGAGCACAAGUGAAAAGGGAUGUUGAAACAAUCCUUACUAUGGGAAUCAUGGAGGAUGUUACAAUAAUUCCUCAGCCAGUUGGAGAUUCAAAUAAAGUUGAUCUUGUCAUGAAUCUUGUUGAACGACCGUCAGGUGGUUUCUCUGCCGGUGGUGGCAUUUCAAGCGGGAUAACAAACGGACCACUUUCUGGGCUUAUUGGCAGUUUUGCUUAUUCUCAUCGGAAUGUUUUUGGGAGGAACAAGAAGCUGAAUCUCUCACUGGAGAGGGGGCAAAUAGAUUCUAUAUUUCGCUUGAACUAUACUGAUCCUUGGAUUGAUGGUGACAAUAAGAGGACCUCCAGAACUAUCAUGGUGCAGAACUCUAGGACUCCUGGAACACUUAUCCAUGGCGGGGACCAUCCUGACCAUGGGCCCAUUACAAUCGGACGAGUUACUGCCGGCAUUGAAUACAGCCGACCAUUCAGACCUAAAUGGAGUGGCACACUUGGAUUAAUAUUUCAGCAUGCUGGUGCUCGUGAUGACAAAGGCAAUCCUAUCAUCAGAGAUUUCUAUAACAGCCAGUUAACUGCCAGUGGAAAUGCUUAUGAUGACACACUACUAGCUAAGCUUGAAAGUGUUUAUACAGACUCUGGAGAUCGUAGCUCAACAAUGUUCGUUUUCAACAUUGAACAAGGUCUUCCUGUUCUUCCUGAGUGGCUCAGUUUUAACAGAGUGACAGCACGUUUGAGGCAGGGAUAUGAAAUUGGCCCUGCUCGACUUCUUUUAAGUGCUUCGGGAGGUCAUGUAGAGGGAAACUUUUCACCUCAUGAAGCAUUUGCAAUUGGUGGGACAAAUAGUGUAAGAGGAUAUGAAGAAGGUGCUGUUGGUUCUGGCCGCUCAUAUGCUGUUGGUAGUGGAGAAAUCUCUUGCCGCAUGUUUGGGCCAUUGGAAGGUGUGGUGUUUGGUGACUAUGGCAGCGAUCUUAGUUCUGGUCCCAAAGUUCCUGGUGACCCAGCCGGAGCUCGUGGAAAGCCAGGAAGUGGUUAUGGCUACGGUGUUGGUGUCCGUGUGGACUCCCCACUGGGACCUUUGCGUCUUGAGUAUGCUUUCAAUGAUAAACAAGCAAGGCGAUUUCAUUUUGGGGUUGGCUACAGAAAUUAACCUGAGUUUUGUUUUGUUUGUGGCGUGAUCCUUCAUUUGAUUAGCUGCUGUUAGGAGAUAGUACCAUUACAUCCAUUUCUUUGCGGUAUUAAUAUAUAAAAGCCUUUUCCAAAGCAAAUUUUGUACAAUUUGUCCAGAUUCCCUUAUUGUAACAUAUUUGUACAAUUUUUUCAAUCCUCCCCUCUUCAUGUAGAUGCUCUUGAAACUGAGAAAAAAAUGAUCCCAGCUGGUAAUUACUCAUGACUCAUGGUUGGGUGAAGGUCCCUGAGAUAAUUUAAACAAGUUUUGUUGUUGUC